UCCACCAUGGGAACAAAGCUCUGCGGAACCACUUCACUAAGACCCGCUCUCCUCUCCAUUAUGCUUGCGGUGCUCCUUCCGUUCUCUUCCUGUCACGAAGAGAAGGCCAUAGACAAGCUUGAAAGCGUCGAGAGGCUCGUCUUAACGACGGUGGCGGGGCCGGAGAGCCUCGCCUUCGACCGGCGUGGCGAAGGUCCCUACACCGGCGUCUCCGGCGGCAGGAUCCUGAAAUGGCAAGGCAAAGGCCGCGGCUGGACUGGGUUCGCCGUCAAUGCUGGAAACAGGAAGGAGUGCUGCGACACUUCUGAUGUUUCGCUGGAGAGCAUGUGCGGGAGGCCCUUAGGGCUGCAGUUCCACAAGGCGACCGGAGUUCUCUACGUCGCCGACGCCUACUUCGGCCUGCUGGCCGUCGGACCAAAGGGAGGAGCAGCGCGGCGGCUGGCCGCGAGCGCCGACGGAGGGCGGUUCAACUUCACCAAUGGGGUGGACGUGGACCAGGGGACGGGGGAGGUGUACUUCACUGACAGCAGCACGCGGUACCAGCGGCCGGACUACAUACUGUCUGUCAUUACAGGAGACUCCACCGGAAGACUGAUGAAGUAUGAUCCAAGAACAAGGAAGGUGACAGUGUUGAGGCGUGGCCUCCCCUUCCCUAACGGAGUCGCUUUAAGUGGCGAUGGAAGCUUCCUCCUGUUCGCGGAGACCGGAAGUUGCAGGGUCCUCAAGCACUGGCUACGCGGUCCGAGGACGGGAGCCAUGGAAGUCUUCGCGGAGCUCCCGGGCUACCCCGACAACAUCAGGAGGACUGCAAGGGGGGAGUAUUGGAUAGCCCUCAACCGCGAAAAGAUCAACUUGAACGACGGCGGCGGCGUUACUGAAGACGAGAAGGCCACCGAGGGGAAAGCAGCGGCGACGGAGCACCCGGUGGCCGUGAGAUUGAGCGGAGAGGGGAAUGUGUUGGAGGUGCUGUUGGAUGGAGGGGAAUUGGCCUCCGUGAGUGAAGUGGCCGAAGAAAAUGGAGCCAUUUGGAUCGGUUCAGUGGACUUGCCAUAUGUCGAGGUUUACAAGCUCUAGCUUUCACUCAACCCAUGCAGGCAGAUGGAGUUGUUGUUGCGACUUUUGUCGGUCAGGUUGGAAUGUGGCAGCCGAAUCACUGUUCAUGUACGAUGAUGGUUUAUUUUCAUUAAAAUCUAUGUUUCUUA